CGAAAUAAAAAACCGAUAUGAAAUCCCAUCAAAAUCGCAGUUCUAAAGCAAAAACUUGUAAAGAUUCAAUAUGGAUCUAUUUGUUUUUAAUAUUUUGGUGUUUCUUAAUUGUAAUAAUUGUAUUCUCGAUUAUCAAUGAAAACUAUGCUGCUGUAAUAAAUGGUGCCGAUUCUUUUGGAAAUAUUUGCAACCAGGCAAACAAAAAACACUUUAAAAACUUUUCACUUUCUGGAACAGACACAUCAAACAAACCAUACUUAUUUUACUUUGACAUUAAAAAUUUCAAUGGUCUUGUUAAAAUUUGCGUUGAACAUUGUCAUUAUGGAGGCCUAGUACUUUUUCUAGUUCCGAUACAUGAGUACCAAGAAGACUACUCUAUACAAUUUUGUUUUUAUGACCUUAAUGUUUUGAAAGAGGCUUUCGUGCCAGAGGAUGAUGAAAGAUAUGAUGAAAGAUAUGAUGAACCACUUAUGAGUAGAAGAGGCCCGUGUCCUUUAAUGGUCUCAAAAAGUAUUCACUUUAAAAAUCGAUGUUUGAUUGAUGAUGAAGAGCAUGAUGUUCUCAAGCAAUCCUAUGCUCUUUUGAACUCGGGUGGCAUCGACCAAUCAUUCUUCAUUGCAAUCUAUCAAUCAUGGACUUAUGUUGUUAUUUUGUGUGGAUUUGCUUUCGCUAUUUCGUUGAUUAUACUUGGUCUAAUGUUCCGGUUGACCAAAAAUAUAGCAUGCCUCAUUGUCUGGCUUACGGUUAUCAUAAAUGUUGCACUUUGUAUUUGUUUGUGGAUAAAUUACAAUAACUAUCCUUUUGAAAAGAUUGAGGAUGAUUCACCGCGUAAUAGUGUUAUUCAGGAUAAAGACAAAACUAUAUAUCCAAAUCAUUUUGAAAGAAUUCUAUGGGACAUUUUGGAUGAAUUUCGGAUUAACAAUAUCAUCAUAUUGAUUUUAGCUAUUUUGACAACGUUUAAUACAAUAAUUUUGAUAACUUUAGGAUGGUUUUUGAGGAAGGAUUGGAGUCGACUAAAACUGCUGUUUGACGAAGCAAUUGUUUGUAUAAGGAAGUUACCGGGACUUAUUAUAGCUCCAAUGAUUGCACUAUUCACCAUGAUUCUGCUGAUUUCACUGUCGGGCUACACCUUAUUAUGCAUAACAACGUCCAAGUUCUCUAUCAUAUCACCAACGAUAGAUUACCUUUUUUAUGAUAAGAGCAAAGAUCCAUUUGCUGAUCGAAGACUAUUUCAGCAAAUUGAGUACGUUGAUUAUAAGAUGAUUCGUCGAUCAUUUUGGAUCUAUAUUAUCGGAUUUUUUUGGACAACUGAAUUUAUAUUUGCGUUUGAAGAAUUUUGCAUUGGAAAUGCUGUUGCUUUAUGGUAUUUCUCACCUUCCAAAACUUCUAUUGACAAACCAUCCCUACAAGCUAUUGGACUUUGGUUCAAAUAUCAUUUAGGAACCAUUGCCAAAGGAUCAGUUGUCAUUUCAUUAGUUAAAUUCCCAAAAUUGGUGUUUACUUUGGUAUUCAAAAGCAUCAAACCAAAACUCAAUGAGUUAUGGCUAAAACGCUUACAAAAUUUUGAGGAACGAAUUGGAAUAUGGAAUCAUAACGCUUAUGUCCCAGCUGCCAUGAUAACAACUGAUUUACGCACAUCUUCCGAAAUUACUUGGAAAAUAUUUACAAAGAAUGCUGAAAGAGUCGAAAACAUCAAAAAUAUAUUUGAUCUGGUUUUAUUUCUGAGCAAAUUCCUUGUGGCAAUUCUAACUUGCUUAUUGGGAAUUAUACUUCUUAAGUUUAUAAAGGAUUAUUUGGCUGGGGACAAGAAAAAUGAAUUAAUUUUUUACAUGGCACCGGUAUUAUUUAGUACAUUUUCAGCUUUUUGUAUUGCUCGUAUUAUUUUUUCAGUUUUUGAGAUGACAGUUGAUGUACUAUUGCUGAGUGCUUGUGAGGACUACUUGAUGAAUGGUAAACAGAGGCGUUCUAUGAUGAAAUCUAAUCUUACCACACUGUUUCAAAACAAAAACAGUAGAGGAGCUUCUGUUACUACUAUCAAAAUCAAACAUUUAUCCAGACAGCCUUUUAGUAAUUGAAUAAUGCUCAUAGUAUUGUUUAUUGAAAAAAAUAAAAUAUUUUGUAAGAAUAUUUUUUAAAUUUUUUUUUUAAACUCUCAAAAACUUUCGAUAUUACA